AGCAUGGCGUUUGCGAGUGCGUCGCGUCGCGAACCUUUGUAUAUAAAUGCGAAUAGACACGAGGCAGCGAUAAUCGGUGCUACGAUCGUCGUGUUUGAGUGAGAUUAUACGAAAACAAGAUGAAAAGAUCACAUUCGAAGAGAGAUGAGGACGAAGAACGGCAUCACAAGAGGAAGGAUCGCGAGCGCAGCGGCGAACGGAGCAGGGAGUCCAAGCGCAACGGUGAUCACCGGAGGCACGACGGUUACAAAAGUUCCAGACGUAACGACGAGCACAGGAGUUCCAGACGCGACGAUGAUCACCGGGCUUCCCGACGCGACGAGGACAGUCAUCGAAAUUCCAGACGCGACGAUCGCAAAGAUCGCCGGUACGGUGACGAUCACAAGGAGAAUCGCAGGUACAACGACGACCACCGGGAUCCCGCGUACAGUGACGAUGAGAGGCACGGGAAACGGAAUUCCGAGGAGAAGGAGAAGGAAGAGAUCGGGAGUAGGUAUUACGGGGAGCCGCAGGAGAAUCCGGAGGAAAGCAGGCAGAAGCGAACGGUGGAUCUCCUGACGUCCAAGACAGGAGGCGCGUAUAUACCGCCUGCCAAGCUGCGUAUGCUCCAGGCGGAGAUCACCGACAAGUCGGGAGCCGCUUAUCAGCGUAUCGCGUGGGAAGCACUGAAGAAGUCCAUCCAUGGCUUCAUCAAUAAAAUCAACACCAGCAACAUAGGAAUCAUAACGAGGGAGUUGUUGCAAGAGAACAUCAUUCGUGGCAGAGGCUUAUUGGCCCGCAGCAUCAUUCAGGCACAGGCAGCCUCACCCACCUUCACACCAGUCUACGCAGCGCUAACAGCAAUAAUCAAUUCCAAGUUCCCCAACAUAGGGGAGCUGGUGCUGAAGCGUCUGGUGUUGCAAUUCAAGCGAGGUUUUCGGAGGAACGACAAGCCACUGUGUAUAUCCUCGGGCACGUUCAUAGCGCACCUGGUCAAUCAACGUGUGGCGCAUGAAAUCCUUGCACUGGAGAUCCUGACUUUGCUGGUGGAAACGCCGACGGACGACUCCGUCGAAGUAGCCAUAGCGUUCUUGAAGGAGUGCGGCAUGAAACUGACUGAGGUAUCUCGCAAAGGCAUCGAGGCCAUCUUCGAGAUGCUGAGGAACAUACUGCACGAGGGACAGCUGGACAAGCGCGUCCAGUACAUGAUCGAAGUCAUGUUCCAAAUCAGGAAGGACGGGUUCAAGGAUCACGAGGCCGUGCCGGAGGAACUGGAUCUCGUGGAGGAGGAGAGCCAGUUCACCCACCUGAUCACAUUGGACGAGGUGACGGAUGCGCAGGACAUACUGAACGUGUUCAAGUUUGACGCGGAAUACCUCGCCAACGAGGACAAGUACAAGCAGCUGAGCAAAGAGAUCCUUGGCUCGGACGUCAGUGACUCGGAGGGCGAGGAGGAGGACGGAGAGGACGCGAGUUCGGACGAGGACAGCGGCGCCGAGCCAACCGAGGGUAAGGAAGGUGUGAUACUCGACAACACGGAGACGAAUCUAACCGCUCUUCGGCGCACGAUAUACCUGACCAUACACUCCUCCCUCGACUUCGAGGAGUGCGCGCACAAGCUGAUGAAGAUGCAGCUGAAACCCGGCCAGGAGAUCGAGCUAUGCCACAUGUUCCUGGACUGCUGCGCGGAGAUGCGCACGUACGAGAAGUUCUUCGGGCUGUUGGCCGGCCGAUUCUGCGCCAUCAACAAGAUAUACGUCACGCCGUUCGAGCAGAUCUUCAAAGACUCUUAUCACACGAUACACCGUCUCGACACCAACAAACUGAGGAACGUGUCCAAGUUCUUCGCUCACUUGCUCUUCACGGACUCCAUAUCGUGGAGCGUUCUCUCGUGCAUCAAACUGAACGAGGAGGACACCACGAGCUCCAGCCGGAUAUUCAUCAAGAUCUUGUUCCAGGAGCUCUCCGAGAACAUGGGUCUUUCCAAGCUGAAUCAACGGGUCAAGGACGUGACGUUGCAUGAGGUGUUCGAAGGACUGUUUCCCAGAGAUGAUCCGAAGAACACACGUUUCGCCAUCAACUUCUUUACCUCCAUCGGACUGGGCGGUCUGACAGACGACUUGAGAGAACAUCUCAAGUCCCAUCCGAAACCGAUCGCUGUGCCGGUGAUAAUCAACAAGGAAGAGGAGGAGGAGGAAGAGGAAGAGGAAGAACUCUCGAGCUCGGACGAGUCCAGUUCGUCGUCCAGUUCCAGCUCCAGCUCGUCCAGCUCCACGGAAAGCGAUUCCUCAUCAUCGUCGGAGGAUGAAGUCGUGACGAAAAAGAAGAAGAAAAAUAAGGAAAAGGUAAAGAAGUCGAAAUCGAAAGAACAGAAACACAAGAAGACGCAGAAGAAGAGGAAAAAAAGCAGCAAGAUAACAAAAAGGGACAAAUGAGAUAGAAUAGGACAGAAAUAAAUUUCAAUAUGUAUAAUAUAUAUAUAUAUAUAUAUAAUAAACAAAUUUUUUAUUUUACACCAGAAGUAUAAGCGAAUAAGCAAGUUUCAUUUUGAUCUCGCAACUGAAUACAUCUAGAUAUGUAAAAGUCCGUCUGCAAUAGCCG